AUGGAGAACAACAGAGAGGACAGAGAAGAAGAUGAUCUUGAAUGGUUCAUCGUCAACAACAAUCAGCCGGUCUCUUCUUCCUCUUCAUCAACGCCUCUGCCGCCGCCACAAAACCAUCAGUUUGAUUUUCCGGCGAGUUUUCCGGCGAACUUUGCUUUACAGGAAAACCCUCCUCGCAGAGAAUCAGUGCCGGAAAACCACCCUUUUCAGCUUUCUCAGCCUGAAUUCAGCCCUUAUCAUCAGAUCAACAUGCCGAGAGUAAACCCUAGCUUUCUUGAACUUGAUACCAUUUAUCAUCCUAGGACUCUUCUUGAAAUCGAUUUCAAUCGGCUCAAUCUAUCAACCCCUUCUCGUCACUCCCCGGUCCCUAACGGUCUUUCGCCUGUAUCCGAUGUGAAUUUGCAGAGGCUAAGAGUUGAGUCUGCGGUGAGAGGACAGAAUGGUAUGUAUACCUUUGGAGCUUAUCCUGGUGAGGAGAGUUUAGAAUCUUUCGGUUUGCACAAUUUGAAUUCCAAUUCUGUAUCUGAAAACUAUCAGAAUCAGUAUCAGAAUCAGUACAAUCAGGAACAAAGCGAAAGGCAAAAUCUUGUUCUGGGAACGAAUCGAUACCUACCAACAACAACAACAACAACCGGUGCUUAUACGAUUCAAAAUGGGUUUCGAUCGGAUUACAACAUGGGUUAUGGUAGAGCAUCGAGUUCAAAUGAAAUCGGAGGCUAUGGAAGCUAUGGAAGUUCAAGUUUUAAUGGGAUCGGAGGCUAUGCAGGCUAUUUAGGCUCGAGUUCAAUUGGGAUCGGAGGUUUAGGAGGAUCCAGUUCAAAUGGAAAUGGGUAUAGGGCUGAGGCCAAUCCUUAUUAUGAUAGUAAUCUUCUUCAACAGUCGAGGCAGCGAUUGAACUUGGUGUCGUUGGAGGAAUUGAGAGGGAGGAUAGUGUUGGCGGCGAUGGAUCAAAGAGGGUGUAGGUUUUUGCAGAAGAAGUUUGAGGCAAGGAAUCCUGAAGAGAUUGAGAUGAUUUUUUCAGAGGUGAAAGAUCAUGUGAGGGAGUUGAUGGUGCAUCAGUUUGGCAACUAUUUUAUUCAGAAGUUUUUUGAGGUUUGCAGCCAAGAACAGAUCACCCAAAUGCUUCUUUUGGUGGUCAGUGAUGAGCGUCAACUCAUAAAUAUUUGUGGUGAUAUGCAUGGCACUCGAGCAAUGCAGAAACUGUUAAAUUAUCUCAUAACUGGAGAGCAAAAGUCGAUAAUUAUAUCGGUUCUGAGGCGCAUCACAGCAACCUUGACCAAGAGUCUGAAUGGUCACCAUGUCAUUCAACAUUGCUUGAAAUUCUUCUCCAGUGAGGAAAUCAAGUUCUCACUAGCAGAGCUUUCAACAGUUUCACAACACCUUUUGACUGUGGUAGCCGAUAACUGUCUUGAAAUUGCGACUGACAAAAGCGGGUGCUGUGUUCUGCAACAAUGUGUGUUACAUGCUGAGGGAGAACCCAGGGAGCGUCUCCUGGCUGAAAUCACCGGAAAUGCCUUGAUCCUAGCUGAACAUCCUUAUGGGUUUGUCUCUCUCUUUCCCCCUUUUUGA